UCCAUCAUCAAUCGUAGUUGUAGUAACAUUGUUAUGUUUGCCGUCAGGUAGACUCCAGAAUUGCUGACUUGACACAGGUUGGUUAUGAGAAACAUGAAUGUGAGUUAGGAGGUGAGCCCGACCAGUCUGCAAGCAGGACUGAGACACUUCUUCUCAUUUGGGAUGCUAUAACAGGUACUCCACGAUCACUCGAGGGUCAAUCAAAAUCACUAGAAAUCCCAAAAAUGAUAAUUGUGCCCACCAAAGUACUAUUAAACCUGUGACCUUAAAGAUCGUCCACACGGACGGUGGACCUUACGACUCUCAUAUUAACAUUGUCCGAAGUACAAAAUUGAAAUUUGAAACACUAGGGGAAUCGACAAAUGUCGCUAUAAGUUGAACCUUUCCAUUUAUGCCCCCGCAACGUACGGCACAUCCAAACAUUCAUCCUACUUUCACUUCCCACCCUUAUUCCUCAACGUCUUUCUCUCUUAAAAGAACCAAAACAGAACAAAACAGAGGAGUACGAAGAAACGCAGCCAAUACCGACCAAAUUUACGCCCGUUGCUAAAAAAGAACCGACCGACAAGAAGAAACGUUGUCGAAAAAAUGGCGGGGCCAGAUCAGGCGGCGAGGCAGUCAUCGGAGGUUCUGCAACAGAGGAGCGGGCUACCGAAAUGUCCGGUGAAGAUGGCGGUCGUCGGAGCGGUCAUCGCCGCCGGGCUCGGUUACACGGUGCUGUUCGCGAAGAAGAAGCCGGAGGCGACGGCGCUCGACGUCGCUAAAGUUGCUUCCGGAGGCAAUCCUCCUUCCGCCACCAAAUAUUGACUCAACUGGCUAACGUUGUUUGUUAGAUUUAUCCUUGAUUUCAUUAAUGAUCGCGCUUUGCAGAAGCUUUUUUUUUACUCUGUUGCUUUGCUGUUUUUUUAUGAAUAUAUAGAUGACGAGUUCGUCGUCUUUUCUUCUCUUUUGAUUAUCUACAUCUAGGGAUGGCAAUUUUGACCUGACCCGAUUUACCCGACCUGUUUGACCUGUUUUGGGGCGGGGCGGGCAUGGGUACCUCUCAUCGACCCGACCUGCCCCGACCCGCCCCAUUAUCGACCCGUUCUUGCCUAAAUUACAUAUAAUAUUAGUUAAAUUACUUAAGAUUUUCCUCUUAUUACAGUAUAUUUUAGCUAUAAUAAAUUUGUAAAUAAGUG